AGCACGUCGAAAACGUUGUGUCGAGAAAGCGAUCGCCGUUGCUGCGAUCGAUCUCUCCCCCGUUUCUGCUUUCUUCUUCUUUUCCGAUUCUUCCUCUCCGAUGCGUCUCGUCUAUGGAACAUUCUUUCUUUCUUUUCUGCUUCUCAUCCUGCGCAUGCCUGCAGGCGAAGCCCUCCGAUCUGUCGGUGACGGCACCGAUCUCCGCACCGACCUCCCCGACGCCACCGUGGAGCUCAACAGCUCCAAUUUCGAUAGCGUUCUCAAGGAAUCGCCGGCGAGUUUCGCCAUCGUCGAGUUCUUCGCUCACUGAUAAUGGUGCCAUGAGCAAUGUGUGUGCCCUUAUCAGACAGCCCACAUGAAUAUGGAAGAGCGUGCACGUAUGUGUCUACUAUGUACAGGCACAUAUACAUGUGUCCUGCUUGCAGAAACUAUAAGCCUCACUAUGAAAAGGUUGCAAGGCUUUUCAAUGGGCCAGAUGCAGUGCAUCCUGGGAUUAUACUCAUGACACGGGUUGAUUGUGCAAUGAAGAUAAAUGCAAAUCUUUGUGAUAGAUUUUCAGUUGGUUACUAUCCCAUGUUAUUGUGGGGUCCUUCAGUUAAAUUUGUGGCUGGUAAAUGGGACCCUAAGCAAGAGAAAAGUGAGAUACAAUCAAUUGAUGAUGGACGGACUGCAGAUCGACUACUCAAUUGGAUAAACAAAAAAAUGGGCAGUUCAUUUAGCUUUGAUGAUGAAAGAUAUGAAAAUGAAAACACACUUCCAACAAAUGUCUCUGAUCCUGAACAGAUUGCACGAGCAAUUUAUGAUGUUGAGGAAGCAACAGCCUUAGCUUUCGAGAUAAUCAUACAACACAAAAUGAUCAAGUCAAGUACUCAAGCACCACUGAUAAAAUUUUUUCAGAUUUUGGCAACACAUCAUCCUUCAAAAAGGUGUCGGAGAGGAAUUGCUGAGAUACUUCUCAAUUUCGAUGACCUGUGGCCUUCCGGUCCGCUCUCAAUCAGUUCAGAAGAGGCUCCCAUAUUACAGGAACAGGACGUACUUAAAUCCUAUUCAAUCUGUGGCAAGGAGGUUCCUCGUCAUUAUUGGCUUAAUUUUGAACUGCACUUGGUGAAUCAUAAUAAACCAGAGAAGAAAUUAACUAUAUUUUGUCGUGGGAGCAAAAACGAUACGAGAGGCUUCAGCUGUGGCCUAUGGGUUCUGUUCCACUCCCUGUCCGUCAGGGUUGGAGAUGGAGAGAGCCAAUCGGUUUUCACUGCAAUAUGUGAUUUUAUCCAGAACUUUUUUGUCUGCGACGACUGCCGUAGGCAUUUUCAUGAGAUGUCUUCAAGUGUCUCAGUACCAUUUAACAGAACUCGCGACCUGAGCAUGUGGCUAUGGAGGGCACAUAAUAAAGUCAACGAGAGACUCAACAAAGAGGAAAAGGCAUUAGGCACAGGUGAUCCACGAUUUCCGAAGAUCAUAUGGCCCCCGAAGCAGCUCUGUCGGUCGUGUUAUGUAUCUUCAAGCAGGAAAAGACGCAGCAACAUGAAAAUAUAUUGGAAUGAGGAUGAGGUGUACAAAUUUCUGGUCAGAUAUUACGGGAGGACCCUUGCAUCUUCUCACAAUGAUGCAACUUUGAGUAGCAAGUACGAUGAAUCCUACGACAUCACCACCUCAACUAAUGCAGUUGCGGUACCCGUUGGGGCUGCAUUGGCCAUCGCGGUUGCUAGCUGUACAUUUGGAGCAUUAGCUUGCUUUUGGAGAGCCCAGCAGAAGAAUAGGAAGUACACACACCAACUUCAUUCUUUCAAGGACAUAUGAUUAGUAGGAUGCUAAACAUUCUGUGUUAUGUUCUAAUUAACGAGAAUUUUUUUUUAUUAUUUUGCCCGAAAAGCUGACCAUUUUACUGACAUUCAUGAUAUUUCUGGAAAAGAGAAAUUUGGAAGUGA